AUGUCGUCGUCAUUUGAUCCGUUCGACCAGAAUGUGGUUUUCCACAAGGCCGAUGGGACGCCCUUCAAUGUGUCGAUCCAUGACUUGGAUGAAUUUGUUCAGUACGGAAUCAGAGUCUGCAUCAACUACGCUGCUCAGCUCGGGGCAACAGUAAUUGCGAUUGUCAUGUUGGCCCUCCUGACGCAGUCGGACAAGCGUCGAACACCAGUUUUUUUCCUUAAUACCUCUGCACUGACCAUGAACUUUGCCCGCCUGCUUUGCAUGACCAUCUACUUCACCACGGGAUUCAACAGCACCUAUGCAUUCUUCAGCCUGGACUAUUCCCGAGUCCCUGGCAGUGCCUACGCUGACUCCAUUUUGGGAAUUGCCUUCGCUACUAUUCUGGUUAUUUGUAUGGAAAUGUCGCUUGUCAUCCAAACUCAGGUCGUCUGUGCCACCCUUUCAGAAAUCCAGCGACGUCUCCUCCUGGUUGUCUCCAUCCUUAUUGCGCUGCUGGCCAUCGGAUUCCGGAUGGGGUUGAUGGUUGAGAACUGCAUUGCCAUUAUGAACGCUUCAAAUUUUCGCCCUUUCAUCUGGCUUCAGAGUGCCUCAAACAUCGCCAUUACGAUCAGCACGUGUUUUUUCAGCGCUGUUUUCGUCACCAAAUUGGGAUAUGCUCUCGUUACUCGCAGACGACUGGGCAUGACGAGAUUCGGAGCUAUGCAGGUGAUGUUCAUCAUGUCUUUUCAAACUAUGGUGAUUCCAGCCAUUUUCUCAAUAAUCCAAUAUCCGAUUCCUCUCUACGAAAUGAACUCUAACGUCUUCACGCUCGUGGCCAUUUUCCUCCCCCUUUCGUCGUUGUGGGCUGCAGCAGCGACGAAGCACAGUUUCGAAACUCUGACUUCCGGACCGCAUCAGUAUCUCUGGUCCAGCGAACGUAGCAAUAGCACCAGCUCCGCGACUGGCCAUCAAGGCAGUUUAUGUCAAAAUCAGUCAACAAUUCGAUCUGGAGGAUCCGUCGCUACGUCUCUCUCACCAGACCAACUUGACCGAUUGUACACCGGGCUCGAUUUCGAUGCGUGUGCCAAAGCCUGA